AUGCGGCGGGCGGGGCGGCUCCGGGGCGCCGGGGCGCUGCUGCCGCUGCUGCUGGCGGCCCGAGCGGCGGCGGCGUUCGAACCCGUCAGCGUGGGCAUCGCCCUCGGGGCCGCGUCGGCUCUCACCGGCUACCUGUCAUACACGGACUUCUUCUGCCGCUUCUCCGAGUGCUGCCGCAAGGAGCAGCCGCUCAACGCGUCGGCCCUCAAGCUGGACUUGGACGAGAAGCUGUUUGGACAGCAUCUGGCCACGGAAGUGAUUCUCAAGGCAGUGACUGGCUUCAGGAACAACAAAAAUCCCAAGAAACCACUGACCCUUUCCUUACACGGCUGGGCUGGCACAGGCAAGAAUUUUGUCAGCCAAAUUCUGGCUGAAAAUCUUCAUUCAAAAGGCCUGAAGAGUAACUUUGUCCACCUGUUUGUAUCAACUCUGCACUUCCCUCAUGAGCAGAAGAUAAAACUGUACCAGGACCAGUUACAGGAGUGGAUCCGUGGCAAUGUGAGUGCAUGUGCCAGCUCGCUUUUCAUAUUUGACGAGAUGGAUAAGUUGCACCCUGGGGUCAUCGACGCAAUCAAACCAUUUCUCGACUACUACGAGCAGGUUGAUGGGGUGUCUUACCGAAAGGCCAUCUUCAUCUUUCUCAGCAACGCGGGCGGGGACCUCAUAACUAAGACGGCUCUCGACUUUUGGCGGGCAGGAAGAAAGAGGGAAGACAUUCAGCUGAAGGACCUGGAACCCGUGCUGUCUGUCGGAGUCUUCAAUAAUAAACACAGUGGCCUGUGGCACAGUGGACUGAUUGAUAGAAACCUCAUCGAUUACUUUAUCCCCUUCCUGCCCCUGGAGUACAGACAUGUGAAAAUGUGUGUGAGGGCAGAAAUGAGGGCCCGCGGCUCUGCUGUAGAUGAAGACAUUGUCACAAAGGUGACAGAGGAAAUGACCUUUUUCCCCAAAGAUGAGAAAAUCUACUCAGACAAGGGCUGCAAGACUGUGCAGUCGCGGCUAGAUUUCCACUGAGCUCUUGUCCAGAUGGGGUAAGGGCAGCUGAGAAGGUCAGCACACCAGGGCCUUGACUUUUGGAAGCACCUUGAAGACCUCUUUGGGGUUUUGCAUAUUUGCACCUGUGGACUUUCAGGAUAUUGACGAUUCCAAGACUUGCCUUUUGAAAAGAUGCUCAUCUGUCAAGUGCACUUUCAUUUUGCAGCACGACAGCAGUCCAGCUGUUAAUUGCAGUUGAAGAUGAACUUGUAAAAUCCCCUUUACACUUACCGAUACUGCCUGGACAAAAGUGCCUGAAAACAGCUGUGUGUGGGAGGCCCGAGGAUUGUUUCUGACCCAUAGUAUUCAUAUCUCAGGAGCUGCUGUUACGACUCCGGGGCUCAAGGGGCCACUGCAGUCUGGAGCAUUAGGCUUUCACCUGCCAAAAACAUCUUCUACUCUGUUUCUUUUUCUUGCACAGAUAGCAUUCACUGACUUGAAGUAUUUUCAGUUAAAAUCAGGGGUGCCUGCAGGUGUGGACAGUAUCCCGGGGGAGGACGUGGCCCUGCACAUUGAGCACUCUUGACCUGGGGUGAGCUGUCUGCAUGUGGGAUGGGGUCUCCAUCCGAGGCCUCAGCGGCAGCCUGGGACACAUGAACCCUUUCCAUUUGUCCAUUUGCUCUGGCUACUGGUCACAGCCCUGGCCGUGGACUUCCCUCGCCCAUCUCUCACUGUAUCCGUCCCAGCCUUCUUCACACCACAUCUUCUCCUGAACUUCAGUCACUACUAGGUUUCCCCCUAACCCAUGUCAUCACUAGAGUCAAAUCAGAAUGAGACUGUUGGCUUUGAAUCUGAGUCCUGGGUUCCCGUGGAGAAAUGUUUGUCUGUUACACUUUAUACGUGGGUCAGUCUCUUGCUUUACUCCACAGAACUGUUUGAAAUCUGUAGGACACAUGCAUUCUCCAUGGAUGACAUGUGCCCAGACUGAGCAGGCAGCUUGCAGAUUCUGCACUGCCCAAGAAGGGGAAGUAUCGUACACUAGAAAUACUAGAAUUUUCAAAGAUACAUAUAUUUUUUAUAAUGUUUUUACUUCUGAAUCUUAGACAAUAGAAAUAUAGGACAUUGCUUAUUUUAGAACAUGGGAAGGACACAAAAUAUAAUAACUGCUUAUUGCUUUCUCCGAUAAUCUUAAGUGGUGUGAAUUUUAUUGUUAAAUACGUGGUAAUAUGUGGUCACAAUUGUAAAUCGAACAAGGUCAGUGGCUGGUCCUGGGUGUCAUCCAGUAAUGACAGCCUGUGUGGCAGCACCAGGCUUGUCUGCCCUGAUCCUUGGGAAAUGAGACUUAGACUCUACUGUGAUUUAUUCUGUGACUGUCCCAUGGUUGCAACACAACUGCAGACAUGUAAUUAGAACAGUGUGCAGCAUUUUGAUAUGAAAAUGUGUUAGAAUGAAUUUGACAUGGAAAUGCUUUACAGUGUAUCAUGCGUAGCCUUUAAAAAACACCAGGGAGAGGCUUAAAAUUUUUAGUACAUAUUCUUAAAUUUGAGCUACAUUAUAUUUCUUUUAUAACCCUUUGGUUGUGUGGUCAAGAGGAGACAAGAUUUUGUUUACAGUGAUGCAAUAAACUCAACACGU